AUGUAUCGUCACGGAUAUUGAAUCUUUAUACUUUUCACUUCCACUCCUUAUUUUCACAAAAUGUCUACAAUGCCAACAGGAAAUUAAAUAUGCAAGAAAUAAAGACGUGAUCUCGGAAAAUACAAAGUGAGAUUUUUUUUUUCAUAAUAACGCCCACACUCCCAGAAUAUCAAGUGGUCGGCCCCUUAGGAGAGGAACGUGAAAACCAACCUUCUUACUAUAUUUAUCAGGAAUUAAAGAUGAGAGUUAUACAUGGAUAUACUCUGAUUUUUCUAGGAAUAACAUUGAUUACCUCUUGCAAUUCUGUACCAGUUCCCUACUACAUGAAACAGAAGCAAGGAUACGGCAGCAGCGGAUCUUAUAGUACUACAGUGCAUGGCAGAUUGAGAAGGGCACCGUGUGAAGUGAGACUGUUUUAUGAUGUAGCCUGUCAUGGUCUUUGUCCCCCGUACAAAGAAGAUUGGGAAAAGAACAGGUUAUAUAUGAACUGCACAGAUGGGCUGACCUAUCAUUGUGCUAAGGAUAACACCACAGGAGAAUAUGUAGAAGCAUGUGCCGAGCCAGUGCGUUGCGAACGUGGCAAAGAGCCAAGAAUAGUUUUUCCAGCAGGGCACGAAAAGACAGCAAUUGUAGUUUGUCGAUACUGUGAUAAUGAAAAUUUUUACAAUCCUUAUGAAUUGAAAUUGUCUAGUACAUACUAUAAAUGUCCAAAAGAGAAAAUUCAAUGCGACAGGAAUGUUUGGCAAAUUAAUUGCGACUACGAAAGGAGAGUUGAGAGGUACUAUACGAAUUAUAAAUGCAGGUGUGAUGUAAGAAAAGGUUACAUUCAAGAGCUGGCAGUUUGUCCAACAGGAUCACCUUGCCAGGAAGCAUCAGACUUGAAAUGUAUACCACACCAGUGUGACCCUACUUCGGAUAACAUUUCACAAGAGUUAUUGAAGGAUUAUUGUUGUGCACCAGUCUGUGAUAAAGGCUAUCAAAGAAAUGAAACGUCUGACAUGUGUAAUCCGAUUUCAAGUACUUUAAGCGCCGCAACCACAUGGUCAUAUAUUCGAACGACUGCUACAAAACCCAAAACAGAAACAAACGCCAUCCAAACACACAUCGAAACCACAGUUACUGUAACGACAGAAGCGUCAUCUGUUCCAAAAGAAAAUACAUCAACAACAGCAACAGCAAAUACAGAUACAAAUGGGUCACUACUUCCGCUAGUUAUAAUAUUAAGUGUUGUUCUUGGAGCAGUGAUAACUGGGAUUUUGGUAGUCUGUGGUAUCUACCGUACUAGACAUUGCAAUAAAAGGAAACCCAACAAAACACAAGCUAGAAAACCCGGAGAUGGUAACACUUCUUAAAUUACAUUAAAAGUAUAUUUGAAUAUAUAUUUCAAGGUAUUAAUAAUUUAAUAGACGUAAGUAGUCACAACACAAUUUGUACAACACAAUGUUUGCAAAACAUGCCUGCAGUAUUCCUUUAUUGUUUAAACUCAUCACCAAGGUAUGUCUGUUACACUGUAUCAUUUGGAGUUUUAUUCUGGUAGACAAAGGCAGCUAAUGACUGUUUUCAGUCUCAAUGUUAUUGUGAUAUCAGCACGGAGCAGAGGUUAAGGAGCAUGAUUCAGGUCACUUUGAAAUUCAAUUAGAGAGAUAUAUGCUGUGUCUCCCUGCCCCUCAAUCCUCACUGAACUCUGCCACUCACUUUUGAACAUAACAUCAUUAUUCAAGAAAACAGCGUCUUGUUUUUGGUAAUAUAAAUCUUUAUUAGCUCACCAGAGCCAAAGGCUCAUGGUGAGCUUUUGUGACCGCUCGAUGUGCGUCGUCAGUCGUUCAUCGUGCGUGCGGAGUUGUCCGUCCGUCAACAAUUUCUAAAAACAUCUUCUUCUUCAAAAUCACUGGGCAGAUUUACACCAAACUUCACAGGAAUGAUCCUUGGGUGGUCCCCUUUCAAAAUUGUCAUGGCAACCGAAAGGAAAAACGUA